AGAAUGGUGAGAUGAGAGAGAACCAAAAACACAGGGACAGGACUGGAGUCGAGAAAGUCUCGACCAGACCACCCCUUAUCUGCCCCUCUACAGAGUCUACACUAUACUUCUUUGGUUCCUUUCAAGAAAGAGAAAAAAAAAAGAUGGUCUUGUUGGCAUGCCCUCUACAAUUCCAUGUAAUCUCAUCACGUGUUUCCCAAAACCACUACUUGGGUCGUAGACAACUCUGCUUCAAUGGCGUCUCUUCUUCCUCCUCCUCUUCCAUUGAUGUUCCUUCACUCAGUCCAAUAUCCAUUCAAAGUGUUGAAAAUCCCACAAAGGAUUUGAGCCAAUUGUUGAUGAAGAUUACUCCUUUCACUUCAAGGCGUGCAUUGUUCUCCACUUUGUUUUUGUAUUCUUUUUUUCAUUCCUCAAGGUACUUAGCAGCUCAAGCUUUAGGAGAUCCAACUGUAACCAUUGAUGAAGUUACUCCUACUGUCAUUGCUUCCGGGGAACUCUUCCCUACUGAGAACAGAAUUGUCCAACUCUUUGAGAAAAACACAUACUCUGUUGUCAACAUUUUUGAUGUAACAUUGCGCCCUCAACUUAAUGUAACUGGUGCAGUUGAGAUUCCAGAAGGAAAUGGUUCUGGAGUAGUUUGGGAUAGAGAAGGACAUAUUGUGACAAAUUAUCAUGUGAUUGGCAAUGCCCUCACUAGAAAUCCAAGCCCUGGGGAGGUUGUUGCACGAGUUAAUAUUUUAACAUCAGAUGGGGUACAAAAAAAUUUUGAGGGCAAGUUGAUUGGCGCUGAUCGUGCCAAGGAUCUUGCUGUUUUGAAGGUUGAAGCCCCUGACGAUCUGUUAAAGCCAAUCCUUGUGGGGCAGUCAUCUUCACUGAAAGUCGGUCAACAAUGCUUGGCGAUUGGAAAUCCAUUUGGUUUUGAUCAUACCCUCACUGUUGGAGUCAUCAGUGGGCUGAACCGAGACAUUUUCAGUCAAGCUGGAGUCACAAUUAGCGGUGGAAUUCAAACAGAUGCAGCCAUCAAUCCCGGGAACAGUGGAGGACCCCUAUUGGAUUCCAAAGGAAAUUUAAUAGGGAUUAACACUGCAAUAUUUACGCAAACUGGAACUUCAGCAGGGGUAGGGUUUGCCAUUCAAUCCUCAACUGUAGCCAAGAUUGUCCCCCAACUAAUUCAAUUUGGCAAAGCUUUUCGAGCUGGUUUGAAUAUAGAGAUUGCUCCUGAUCUGAUUGCAAAUCAGCUCAAUGUUCGAUAUGGAGCUCUUGUUCUACAGGUACCGGGAAACAGUGUGGCUGCCAAAGCAGGGCUACUUCCGACCACAAGGGGCUUCGCCGGUAGCAUUGUACUCGGGGAUAUCAUUGUAGCAGUUGACAACAAACCUGUAAAAAACAAAGCAGAAUUGUACAAAGCAUUGGAUGACUAUAAUGUUGGUGACCAAGUAAUUUUAAAGAUUCAGAGGGCCAGUGACAGUUUGGAGCUUCCUAUAACUUUAGAGGAAAAGAGUUCAUAACCCUCAAAUCCUCUUGAGAAUAAUAGCAUACUUUCAUAGUGAGGCGGGGAUGUUUAAACGACAUGUCGUUUUAUGAGGAAAUAUGGAAAACCGACAUCAAAGUUGUUGCGACUAAACGACGCCGAAGUUCUUAUAACGGCUUAACAAAACGACAUCAUAGUUGUUAGGAAAGACUUUUAGAUUAGAUUGGUGUUGAGGAAACAACCCAAGAGAUCUGAUCAUUUGAUACGACAUAGAUAAUAAACUCCUUUGAAAAAUAUUUGUUGAUGGGAAUGGGAAUGUUAUUUAAUUUAAAUUUACCUAAGUCCAAGUGGGUUCAUUUUGAUAAA